UAUAUUGUUCUUUCUCUAGCCUAAGCUUGUUCAUCAUGUAUUGGUAGUUGUUACGAUACGAAAUAUAACAAAUUUACGCAGUUUAAGAAUGGAGUCAUAAUAAUGUAGUAUGGCGUCGAGUCGUGGUUGACUAUGACCACCACUACAGGAAGACUACGGGCCAGUUACUAGGUUAGAUCCCCGUAGUCCAAAUAUCAGAAGGCAGUUAAUGGCUGUAGUCGAGAUGUAUUUGUUGGCGAUCUUGUUUUAUCGAAAUAAUACUGAGAUGAUGCCAAAGUAUACAAGCGGGAUUACUGAGAGUAACCGAGUUCGUACAAGGUCACAGUAAUAUUCAUUUGAUCAAUAAAUAUUCAGCGCUAAUCAUAUCAAUGAGUAAAAUGAUCAACGAUAAGUCAGUAACCGAAUAUGGUUGUACCAAAUGCGCAGACAAACUUCAUCAGUAUAUAUGUGAUCAUUCACUACGUCUGUCUGAAGCACAAAAGUGGUUAUUACAAGAGACUAGUAAACAUCCACUGUCAUUUAUGCUUUUCUCCAGUAUAGAAAUGCAACUACUAUCGAAUUUGUGUUAUGCGAUAAAUGCUAGAAAGACACUUGAUGUUGGAACUUAUACUGGAUAUAGUGCAUUGUCUAUCGCGGAAGUAUUGCCAUCAGAUGGGCGUGUAUUAACCAUGGAAAUAACAGAUGAAUAUUUGAAAGACUAUUGUUUGCCAGCAUGGAAGAAAGCAGGUAUAGAAUCGAAAGUUGAUUUCCAACUCGGUCCAGCUGUUGAUACUCUACAAAAUUUGAUUGAUAAUGGAGAGAGUGAAACAUUCGAUUUUGCCCUGAUCGAUGCUGAUAAAGAAAACUAUAGUAAUUAUUAUGAACUAUGUUUGAAACUAGUUCGACCUCGUGGAAUCAUCGCCAUUGAUAAUGUUCUACGGAUGGAAAGUGUGCUCGACGAGAAUGAUAACGGUCCUGAAACUGUUGGUGUAAGAGAAAUGAAUGCAUUGAUAGCUAGAGAUAACUCUGUUCGAAUUUCUCUCUUAAGAACUGGAGAUGGAUUGACAAUUGUUGUGAAGAAUUGAUUCAUGUUAUUACUGCUUUCAGAAUGGUUACAUUCAUACAGACACACAUAUAUUUGAUUGAUUAACCGAAUUGCUUUGAUUGCUAUCACACAUAAAUAAAUAUUCCCCAUUACUGUAUUGUCAUUUUCAAUCAUCACUGCAUAUGUAUGUUGUUGUAAUAAAACAUUUCAAUGAAGGGUUUCUGUAUAUUA